CUCUGUCCUUGUACCAAAGAAUGCUUUUUGCAUGACGAAACUGCCUACCCAUUUGCUCUCUCUCCCUCUCUCUGAUCAGAUUCGCCUCUCUCUACCCAUCUGGUCGCUGCUGAGUCAUCUCGUUCUCUCUCUCGUGCCCUUUCGAGGCACUGAUACCGUUUUUGUUCUUGGUCCUCUCUCUCGUGUAACUCCAAGCUUCUCCACGGGGGAACUUCUCUUGAAUUCUGGGUCGUUUUUCGUUUAUCGCCAUCUCUCUGGUCGGAGCUCGUAGUCCUAACUUGUUGGAUGUAAACUGUCUGUCAAUACUAGGGGAAUGGGUGCGUCAACUUCUAGAAUAGAUGAAGACAAGGCUUUGCAGCUGUGUCGUGAGAGGAAAAAGUAUGUUCGGCAAGCACUCGAUGGAAGAUGCUCAUUAGCUGCUGCUCACGUUUCGUACGUUCAGUCUCUUAAAAAUACUGGGACAGGCCUCAGAAGAUUUGCCGAGACUGAACUUCUGGUUGAAUAUUCUUCCUUGUACACAUCUACCAGUGCAACCUCUGAACCUCUGGCUUUAACUGAGAAGCCGGUUUCUCAUUUGUCAUACUCUCCCCCGACAGCUUCACAUUUUCGCGAAACGUCCUCUCCUUCUCCGUCACCACCCCCUCCUGGUUCCGGCCAAUUCCAUGUAAACCAUACGAAGUUUCGGGGAUUUUCUUCGAGAAAAAUGGAAGAGAAACCUCCCGUUACUGUUGUUGCCACUGUGACCUCAUCUAGAAUCCCGGAAAGUACUACACCAAGGUCUAUAGGAAAGAUGGAAUUGAGCCAAUUCGAAGAGUCCUCUUCCAUACCGCCUGAAACACCUCCUUGGGACUUUUUUGGUCUUUCCCACCCACUCGACUACCAAUUUACUUCUUCCCGGGAUGGAAAAGAAACAGUCUCCAGAAUGUUUGAGAAUGGUGAUGAGCUGAGACGCCUUAGAGAAGAAGAAGAAGAAGAAGGAAUUCCGGAGGUGGAAGAUGGUGAAAAGGGGUCUUUUCAUGAAAAGGAAGAUUCCAGGGAGUCAGAUGAUGAUGAAUUCGAUGAGCCCUCAGCCGAUAUGCUGGUUAGAAGCUUUGAAAACUUCAAUAGGAUGCAUGAUCACAAUGCAUCAGGUCCUUUACCUGAAAAGGAAGAAUCAGAAGGCGAAUUCUCAGAUGAAGAGAAAAAUAAGACUCCCGAUUUAUCGCCAUCUGUAACACCUUCAGCAGCUUCUCGUGUCCUCACUGAGCCGAGCAAAACACCCACCAAAGGAGAUCCCACGAAGAACAAGCUUCCGAAGAGGGACUUUUUGUCAAGCAUGAAAGAGAUAGAGUCGCUCUUCAUAAAGGCAUCGGAAUCUGGGAAAGAGGUUCCUCGGAUGCUUGAAGCCAAUAAAUUGCAUUUUCGCCCGAUAUUUCCAGCUAAAGAAAGUGAAUCUGGUGCAUCAUCACUAAUGAAAUCAUGCUUCUCUUGUGGGGAAGACCCUAAGCAUGUUCAAGAAGAGCCUGCUCAGAACUCGAUGAAAUACUUGACCUGGCACAGAACAGAAUCUUCCCGAUCAUCAGCUUCGAGGAAUCCUCUCGGAGGAUUGAAUUCCGAUGAUGUCGAGGAACUUAAUAGUAAUCUCUUUGAGAACAUUUGCUUGAUUGCUGGUAGCCACGCUUCAACCCUAGACAGGCUAUAUGCAUGGGAGAGGAAGCUCUAUGACGAAGUUAAGGCCAGUCAGACGGUGCGGAGGGAGUAUGACGAAAAGUGCAAAAUUUUGAGAGAGCUCGAAUCAGAAGGGAGGGGUUCACAUAAAGUCGACAAGACUCGUGCUGUUGUCAAAGACCUUCACUCCAGAAUCAGAGUUGCCAUUCAUAGAAUUGACUCGAUUUCAAGGCGGAUUGAGGAACUACGUGACAAGGAGCUCCAGCCUCAGCUGGAGGAAUUGAUUGAAGGGUUGAGUCGAAUGUGGGAAGUGAUGUUGGAGUGUCACAAGCUUCAGUCUCGUAUAAUCUCGGAGUGUUACAGGAAUGGCAGCAUCAAACUCAACAUGCAAUCAGAGUUUCACCGAGAAAUCAUGUCUUACCUCGAGGACGAACUCAGUGGAAUGGCCUCGAGUUUCACCAAAUGGAUCGCUGCCCAGACAUCAUAUAUCCAAGCCAUAGACAACUGGCUUGUCAAAUGUGUCACCCUCCCGCAAAGAUCCUCCAAACCCAAAAGGCUCACCCGACAACCGUCUCUUAAAGACUUCGGCCCUCCCAUUUACGCGACCUGCAGCAUCUGGCUACAAAAGCUCAAAGAUCUGCCGACCAAAGAAGUAUCAAAUUCAAUGAAGGCACUGGCUUUUGAUGUUGCCCGGCUCUUACCACGACAAGAAAAGAACCUGACCAAGAAGACGGGUCAUCCACACGCCGGCGAGAACGGAAAUGAUCUGACGGCUAAUAUGCUACGAGACGAAGCAUUGGAUGAUUGUGGUUCCGGGUUUGAUCGGUUUCGGACAAGCUUGGAAGGGUUUCUAGGACAACUUAACCAGUUUGCAGAAUCAUCUGUGAAAAUGUGUGAAGAACUGAAGCAGAACAUCUGCAACGCCAGGAGCAAGUAUGAGCAGUUGAUGUCGUAUUCCCGGGUUAGCCAAUUCCGAGAAAAUGCGGGAAAAUGAACUUCAUCACGGCGAGAAAACCUCGAAUAAGAAUCCGAUUUUUAGAAAUGGAUUUGGCAUUUGUAAAUGCAGAGGGAGAUGGGGUUUAAAAGUCACAAGAGGGAUUGCUUUCAGACAUGAAGGAAGAAGAAGAAAACUGUUAUACAAAGUUUGUGCCUCUGUGGGAUGAUAUUUGUGUGUUGGCUUCUUUUUUCCACAAUAUUGAUAUAAAUAUAUGUUACCAUUUUUUUAAUAA